AUGGCCGUUAUGGCUCUCAUGACGGCCAUUACCUCUACGCAAGCAGCGGCUGUACCCAUUGUCCACGCUCCUCUGGCACGCCGAGGUCUACCCAAGUCCCCUAGCAGUGAUCCAUUCUAUGACCCCCCAGCAGGGUUUGAAUCCUCCAAACCAGGCACCAUUCUUCGACAACGCAAGAUUAAUGUCGCCUUUUUCGGACUGAUCCCAGACCCAGUAGAGUCGUACCAGCUGUUGUAUCGCACUACUGCCAUCAAUGGAUCUGCAAUCGCAACUGUGACGACUGUUUUCAAACCCACGAAUGCCAAGAAAGAUCGUUUUGUUUCUUCCAAACGGCAUAUGACAGCUCAGCCUCGAUCUCAAUUGAUUCUCCAAGCUUACCUUCUUCUGGGAUACGUUGUUGCGUCCCCCGACUACGAGGGUCCCGAUGCGGCUUUCGGCCCAGGUCGCCUUGCGGGCACAGGCGUUCUUGAUGGCAUGCGGGCUAUCAGUAGCUUCAGUACCCUCGGGUUCAACACAAAAACCCCACAGAUCGUUGGCACUGGCUACUCAGGAGGUGCUAUUGCUACUGGCUGGGCAGCUUCUCUGCAGCCAUCCUAUGCCUCGGAGUUGGACAUCAAGGGCUGGGCUCAAGGAGGUACACCUGCCAACCUCACUGGAACCUUGGUCUACAUUGAUGAUACCCUCUUCAGUGGAUUCAUUCCCCCGCCUGCUUAUGGGGCCCUGAUCAACCCCGUGCUGGACCGCAUCAUUACCGAUAACGGCAGAUCGGCCCUCAACAAGGCCAAGGCUACAUGUGCCCCUGGUGAUCUGAUCAACUUCCCGGAGAAGUCUAUUCUAUCCACUGACUUCCAGACCCUCGGCAGGGGUCUUCUCUAUGAGCCUACUAUCCGCUCGAUUCUCCAGAAGAAUACCAUGGGAGUGACGAAGUCGGAGACCCCCGCCGCACCUGUGUUUGUCUACCAUGCUACGUACGAUGAGAUCAUUCCGUACGCCAAUACAUCGACUCUUGUUGAUUCGUGGUGUGACUACGGUGCAGAUGUGAAAUUCACCACCUACGGUGCUGGAGGUCAUAUCACCACUGAAGUGAUCGCUUUACCUGAAGUUAUCAAAUUCGUCGAGGCGGCCUUUGCGGGGACAACCGACAAGGGCUGCACUCGCAACACCGAAUUGGGUAGUAUACUGAACCCGCUCGCUCUUGGAGCCGACCUUGAACCCAUCUUGAUCAAGCUUGUGGAGGUCUUGGCCAAGGCUGGCACUGGGGAUUCCGACAUUAAGAAGAACCUUACUGUGCUUGAAGACGUCGUUACUUGGCACUGA